UCAAAACCCAUCCAAAUCCACAUUCAACCAAAAUCCCCUGUUCUUCUUUAUAGUUCGGAAACUAGCAGAGUAAGAGAGAAAAAACACAACAAAAAAAAAAAAGAGGAAAAAAUGGAGGGCAAAGAAGAAGAUGUGAGAGUAGGAGCAAACAGGUUCAGAGAGAGACAACCAAUUGGAACAGCAGCACAAACCCCAGACGCCAAGGAUUACAUAGAGCCACCCCCAGCUCCUCUCAUCGAGCCAGGAGAGAUAUUUUCAUGGUCGUUUUACAGAGCAGGCAUAGCAGAGUUCGUUGCCACUUUCUUGUUCCUUUACAUUACAAUCUUAACGGUAAUGGGUGUUUCAAAAUCUCCAUCCAAAUGCUCUACUGUUGGUAUCCAAGGCAUUGCUUGGGCUUUCGGUGGAAUGAUCUUCGCUCUUGUUUAUUGUACUGCUGGGAUUUCAGGGGGUCAUAUUAAUCCGGCGGUGACAUUUGGGCUGUUCUUGGCGAGGAAAUUGUCGCUGACGAGGACGGUGUUUUACAUAAUAAUGCAGUGUUUGGGAGCCAUUUGCGGUGCUGCUGUGGUUAAAGGUUUCGAAAAAAGCCAGUAUGAGGUACUAGGUGGUGGUGCUAACAGUGUCAACGCUGGAUAUAGCAAAGGUAGUGGGCUUGGAGCUGAGAUUGUUGGCACUUUUGUUCUUGUAUACACUGUUUUCUCUGCAACUGAUGCCAAGAGAAACGCCCGAGACUCUCAUGUUCCUAUUUUGGCACCGCUUCCUAUUGGGUUUGCAGUGUUUCUUGUUCAUUUGGCAACAAUUCCUGUCACUGGAACUGGUAUUAACCCGGCUAGGAGUCUUGGGGCAGCUCUCAUUUACGACAAAGAGCAUGUUUGGGACGAGCAUUGGAUAUUCUGGGUUGGACCUUUCAUUGGGGCAGCUCUGGCGGCUUUGUACCAUCAGAUUGUGAUAAGGGCAAUUCCAUUCAAGUCUAAUUAGGCAUCCAUGGAAUUAUUUCUCAGCCAAAAAAAAAAAACAAAAUGAUGGAUUUGAAUUUGAUGAGCAAGUUCUUGGUAUCCGGAAGAGGAUGCUAAUGUUAAUCAUUCCAAGUUCUGUGUUUUCUGAUGGAGUGUUUUUUUUUUCUUUUUUUUUUUUUUCCCUGUUUUUCUAUUUUGUGUUAUGUAAAUUGGGCAAGCGAAGAAGAUGAUGGUGGGUGUGAUGGGUUUUUUUGUCACCGAAUUCCACCUCUAAAUAUUGGGUUUUCCUAUCCUUUAUGUAAUCUAAAAGGUCACCUACUUUUUCUAUUAGAAAUAAGUUACUUAUUUUAUGUUUAAAA